AUGUGCCAUUAUUACAGAAUCUUCAAUUACUAUGUUCUUUACUGCGUGUACCCCCCUCAGCCAAUCCUGGAUACUUUCCAGCCCACCGUCAUCACUACAUAUGGCUACUAUACCAACCAACUGCACUUCUACCAUCAUCACCUCACCGCUACUAAAGCCACAGUCACCACCAUCACAGCUACCACCAUCGUCACAAUGGUCUUCAUCUCUGUGAUCAACACUACUGCUACCAUCUACUACUACUACUACUACAAUACCACAAACACCGCUAUUCUACUGUCACCAUCACACGGCCACACCCACCACCAUCCUUAUAAUGGUCUUCAUCAUCUAAUCAUCAUCAUCUCCACCACCAAUAUCAUCACAACCACUACUCCCACCACUACCACCAAUAUCAUCACUACUCCCACCACUACCACCAAUAUCAUCACAACCACUACUCCCACC